AUGCCUCCAGGCGCUACCAGCUCCGGCAACGGCCAGAACGGGGCCAAGGGUAAACCCACGCCCCGCAUGCUUCCCCCUGGCAUGACCGCGGAGCAGUUCCAGCAACUAGCCACCCGGCUGCAGGACGCAGUUGGCGGCGACAACUUCCAAGUCCUGUCACCGGCCACCAAGCUCGACGAUGGCGACUACGUCAACGUCGACUGCCAGACGCACGACAUGCACUUCCUGUACGACCGCGACGACUUCAUCGGUAGCUGCCUCGUCCACCCGCGCAAAGGCCAUAACCUGGGUUACGGCGGCGCGGCCCCGCGCGUGCCCGGCAGCGUCGUCAUGAACCUGGGCACGCACAUGAACCGCAUCCUCAAGGUCAACACGGACGACUGCUACGCCAUCGUCGAGCCGGGCGUCACUUACAUGGAGCUGCAGGACCACCUGCGCAAACACAAGCUCCAAGACAAGGUCUGGCUCGACUGCCCCGAGCUCGGCUACGGCUCCAUCAUCGGCAACGCGCUCGACCACGGCGUCGGCUUCACGCCCUACGGUGACCACUGGACCUUCCACUGCGGUAUGGAGAGCCCCGAAGGCCGGCACCAGGCCGCCGCGGGCGUGCCGCCGCAGGACCAGGAGCCCAACGAGUGCCGGGGCCUAUUCCCCUACGGCUUCGGCCCCGUAAACGACGGCAUAUUCUCCCAGUCGGGCAACGGCAUCGUCACCAAGAUGGGCGUCUGGCUGAUGCCGGCCCCGCCCGGCUACGAGCCCUUCAUGAUCACGUACGAGAACGAGGACGGCCUGGCCGCCGUCGUUGACAUCGUCCGCCCCUUGCGCGUGAGCGUGGUGCUGCAGAACGCCGCCGCGCUGCGCCACAUCUCGCUGGACGCGUCGCACUACCGCCCGCGCUCCUUCUACGCCGACAAGCCGCUGGACGAGCCCCUGACGGAGGAGGAGUUCUCGGCGGCGGCCAAGAAGAUCGACAUGUGCUACUGGGUCUACAUGGGCCGCCGUGUACGGGCCCAAGCCGGUGCGGGACGCGCACCUCGACAUCAUCAAGGUAUCGGCGGCUGGUGCGAGCUGCGCUGGCUCAGCCACUGGAUGCCCAACUGCUCCUUCCUGUCAUUCUCGCCCAUCUCCAAGGCCUCGGGCGAGUCGGCAAAGGCGCAGUACGGGCUCGCCAAGCGGCGGUUCAAGGAGGCCAGGCUGGACUAUAUGGGGAUCCUGAGCGUGGGGCUGCGUGAGAUGCACAACGUCAUCUGCGUCGUCUUCGACCGCGAGAACGUCGACAUGCGCCGCCGCGCGCAGUGGCUGGUCCGCACCAUGAUCAAGGACUGCGCCGACAACGGCUGGGGCGAGUUCCGCACGCACACCUCGCUCAUGGGCCAGGUCGCCAUGACGUACGACUUCGACGACAACGCCCUGAUGCGCCUGAACGAGAUCAUCAAGAACGCCCUGGACCCCAAGGGCAUCCUCGCCCCGGGGAAGAGUGGCAUCUAG